AUGUUCAGAUCGGUCAACUCCCUCAGCUUGGCGCUGGUCGCCUUUUGCAUAUUCGCCCUCUUUACAUCGCAACGGGUGUCAGCACGUCUCUUGCCGUUCUCCGCUGGUCAUUCUAACAGAGGUCUGCGAAGAUCACUGUUGGCCAGAAGGGCCAGUGCAGAUUGUGCGAAUAGCAAAAGAACGUUGACGCCCUUCGUACAGAGUCAGAUCAACGACCUAUCGUCGACAUCAGCCUUGCAUGGUGGACAAAAAGAGGAGCGAAACACGGUUCUGCCCGAUGGUCGGCAGGUCCAUGUCGAGGUCAACUCGGAUCGGAGUGGAACAUCGCGAUCGUGGUCUUGGUCGUGGUCGUCGCACUCUUCCUCAUCCUCGUCCUCAUCCUCGCAUUCAUCCACGUCUUCAUCGUCUUCAAACAAGGACACAGAUCAGACGUCGAAGAGCGCUGACGAUGGCGAUCUCCUCGCAGACCCUCAGGUCGACCAAGUUGAGCAGGCCACGACCAAAAGGCCCUCUCAACCAUUCCCUCCAGUGAUCCAUACCGAAGUGACAAGUCACUCUUCGCAACGAUCCAACUCGAGCAAGCACGACUCAUCCACGACAACCACCAAAGACGGCAGAGUGACGAGCCACACCUCUAAUUCCGAAUCGAGCUCCUCCUCGUCCGAGUCAUCCUACAGUCAGACUUCCACGGUGUACAACUACGUGGUCAAUGGCAACGCUGAAAAGGCCAACAACGCUGCACCCUUUACCGAUGCUCAAGUGCACUGGACACGACCACCGCCCUUGUUCCAGGCGUCCUUCUCGAUCAAUUCAGCUGUCGGGCACCCCAUCGCUCGUCCUGCUCGCGCCGACAUCUGCAACCGACGAUUCCCCUUCUCCGACCAGCAGCACACGGCGAUCGAUCAGGAUCAUCGCUUCAACGUACCUUUCGCUGAAGCAGCUCUCGUCCCUACGUCCAAGAUCGCUCUGGACUUGCACAACGCCGAGCGAGCACGCUAUGGCCUCCAACCACUGCAGUGGAACGUGGAGCUGGCCAACAUGGCGUCCUGCUGGGCUGACCUCAAAGCGUACGGACAUUCCGAAGACCACUUUGCUGCUUCGGGUGAGAAUAUCGCCGUGGGUCUGGGUGAUCCGUGCUACACCGAUCCGAUGGAAGGGAUGAAGAACGCCGUCUACUCUUUCCUGGAUGAAGAUCGAAACUGGGCUACGAACCCGCACAUGAGCGAGGACAAUGGCCACUGGACGCAGAUCGUGUGGAAGGAGACGCAAUUUGUUGGAUGCGCCGUCUCGCAGCGCAAGCAUUUCAUGCCUGAAUCGAUGCAGGAGGACAAGGCGUCGAUGUACGUCGUCUGCGAAUACUAUCCUCCGGGAAACGUCGAGGGUCAGUUCGAGGUCAUGGUGCCGGCCUCUGUUCGACCCAUGCCGAGAUUGCGUUCCAGCUGCUCGAUCAACGAGAGACAUGGCAGCUAA